UUUCCCUCGCCGGCGAAGAAGUCUUUCACCGCCACUCUGCUGCACCCUCGUCUUUCUCUUCCUCGUAUUUUUUCCGGGCCAAAUUAAUUAAGGUAAUUUUUCAAACCCCAAACUUAACUUGAGUUGACUCACGAGAUUCUGAGUUCUCGCUCGGUUCCCUUCCUCUGCUUCACUCUGUUAUAUUUCAUUUUCUGUUUUCAAUCCUACUGCUCCUUGCUCUGUCUCCUUCAUUUCUUUUUCAAAGCUAUCUGUUGGCAAAGUUUUAGCUUAUGUUUUCUCUCUUCUUUUCGUUUUCGAGGUUUUUUUAUGUUUCUAUUUUCUUAAGCUAAUGGAAAAGAAAAAUGUCAACUAAAUCACAGCCAUCUCCAUGGUUUAGGCUCCUUUGCCGGUCCUUUCAAUACCCACCUAAAAAUCUGCAUUCAUUUGCUCGGAAAAUCUCCACGAAUAUUUUGUCGAACACCCAUUACUCAAAUCGUAUCCCUAAAACCUCCAUUAAACCCCAGUUCUCAUUCUGCCGAAAUAUAUCAACUUUUUCCUAUUUCCCCAACAACCAAACAACAAAAUCGCCGUUUUCUUUUACGAGAUGCCAUUUCUCUAGAAGCUUCUCUUCCGACAAGCUACGCUAUGAUGAUCUUUUGGCCGAUGUAUUUGCUGAAAUAGAACCCGAGCAGCAGAAUGAAAGAGAGGAGAGGAUGAGAAAAGGUUUGUAUAAAGAGGAUAUUGAUGAAGAGGAUGAAGAAGAUUAUAUGGGUGUAAUGCCAUUGAUAGAGAAGCUUGAAAAGAGGUCGUUAAAGGAAAACAAUAUUCGUAUAGCAUUUGAGGAGCCCAUGGAUUCCGAUUCUGAAAACGAGGAUGUGGGGAAUUAUGAGACGUGGGAAAAGCAAUUUGAGAGGAAACAAAAGAUGCAUGAGCAAUUGCUCAAGAACUUCUGUGAUUCAGUGACACCUGAUGACGCUUUUAAAUGGAUGAAUAAAAUUGACAAGUUUGAGGAAAAGCAUUUUAAACUUCGCCCUGAAUAUAGGGCCAUCGGUGACUUGAUGAAUCAACUUAAGGUUACAGAAGGCAAGGAGAAAUUUAUCCUUAAGCAAAAAUUGAAUAGAGCAAUGAGGCUCCUUCAAUGGAAGGAAGCUUACGAUCCCAGUAAUCCUGCCAAUUAUGGAAUUAUGAAGGAUCAACAAGUUGGUCCUUCUGUUAAUUGUGAGGAAGAAGCUGAAGAGGAGAAUGAGAAGAAAAUAAUAAGAAAAGCUAGCGGGGAUGAGGAUAAAGAAGAAUUUGAUGACAUGAAAGAGAAGGAUAACAUACUAUUAGAGAAGCUCAAUGCUAUUGACAAGAAACUAGAAGAGAAGCGAGCAGAGUUGGAUUAUACAUUCAGCGGGAAGGGAAAGAUUCUAGAGGAGGAAAUCGGAGACCUUGCAGAGGAAAGAAAUUCUUUGACAGAAAAGAAAAGAAGACCUCUUUACAGAAAGGGUUUUGAUGUGAGGUUGAUAGAUGUGAACCGAACUUGUAAAGUAACAAAGGGAGGGCAAGUGGUCAAAUACACCGCUUUGAUGGCAUGUGGAAACUAUCAUGGUGUUGUUGGAUUUGCAAAAGCCAAAGCCGAAGCAGUCUCAAUUGCACUUCAAAAGGCAUAUGAGAAAUGCUUUCAGAAUCUUCACUAUAUUGAACGACAUGAGGAGCACACUAUAGCCCAUCCGAUUCAAACGUCAUAUAAGAAGACUAAGGUCUAUCUCUGGCCUGCACCAACGACUACGGGUUUGAGAGCUGAAAGAACAGUUAAAAGCAUUUUGCUUUUAGCUGGCUUUAAGAAUAUCAAAUCAAAGGUUAUUGGCUCUAGGAAUCCUCACAACACCAUCAAGGCUGUUCUUAAAGCCCUCAAUGCAGUUGAAACACCGAAGGACAUUCAAUAGAAAUUUGGAAGAACGGCUGUUGAGAAACACUUGCGGCAAUGAAUUUCUUGUAUAUA